GUUUUGCAAUCAAGCUCGUGCUGGUAAUGUUUUGAACAUGAGCUGCUCUCACUGCUACUUAUAUAAGUAACCUGUUCCUUCCUAAAGGAAAUGUCCUAUCUCUUUCUCUUCUUUGCUUUUGUUCGCCUCCUGAUACAGACUAGAGGGCGGCCUACUGUUCCCUAUGGAUUCAGAUCCGCCAAACACGUUCUAGUCAUAGGAAUAGAUGGACUAGGUGCUGUUUAUUUGAAUAAUGCUACUCAUUUGCUCCCAAAUUUCUCAUUAUUCUACAAGAAUGGAUCAGCAGCUCUUACUGGCAUAGCACGGAGUGAAAUGAUUGCAGUUAGUGCCCCGAACUGGGCAGCAGCCAUCACUGGAAUGAGCCCCUCCCAAUCAGGGAUUAUAGAUAACUCUUGGACACCUUCUGAAGGAAGCAAAGAAAGAAAUGAAGAGAUGAGAAAGUGCUCAAUGUGCAGCAAUAAUAGCUUGGAAAUAACUCCAUCCGAGAGUAUAGGUGAUGUUACUGUUACUGUUCCAUCAUUGAAUAUCAAUGGCUGUGCUACUGUUACGUAUGAGCCAUCUGCUCCUACUGAACUACACAGAAUAUCCUCACUAGCUACAACUCCUGAGCCAAUGUGGGUAUCAGCUAGAAAGCAGAAUCCAUUACUGAAAGUAGCAGUGGUCUACUCUUGGGCCUGGAUCAGACACUUUGUGAGUAGUCAAACUGUUGACUGGUCCCACAACUGCAAAGGAAAUGACAAAGAGUGCAUAGAGAAACUCAUUGAGUUUAUUAGUGAAGGCUCUCCCCAAUUGUCCUUCCUUCAUCUUGAUAGCAUUGACUCCACUGCUCACCUUCAUGGCUUUGGCAGCCAACAGUACUACACAGUACUCAAGAAAGUUGAUUCAUACAUUGGACAAUUACUGGAGGCACUACAAGAGAGUAACAAGCUUAACACUACACUGAUAAUGAUCACAUCAGAUCACGGAGGGUACAGGAAAUACCACGGGCACUUCAAUGAAGAGAACAUAUUCAUUCCUGCCUUAUUCCUUGGGCCUGGAGUGAGAAGAGGAGCCUCACUGACUAAUUUCAUCAGUUUAAUUGAUUUUGGACCUACAGCAUUGAAUGCAUUGGGACUAAAGCCAGGAGUUCAUAUGAGGGGACACGUUAUAAAAGAGAUUUAUGCUCACUAGCUACUAGUACUAUUAUACCCAUUAUAGUGCAUAUGAAGUACUUUUGC